CCCUAAUGGCCUAAUUCCAUCAUUGUAUUUGUCUCCCCCUUUCUCACGACCAGCUCUGCUUCUGGCUUUCUGCGCCUGUUCCUCGAUUGCAGCCACCUACCGCCGUCUUCAACAGCUAGCCAUCGUAAUCGCGCCGCCUUCCAUCCUCGCCGGUGUCAAAUUCGUGUACUUUCGUUUUCCGUUUUGUCUCCCGACUCUGCUGCCGUCCAUUAAUUUUCGUCGCAAUCGACCGCAUCGCCGCCUCUCUCUGCCAAUUUCUCCUACGCUCUUCCGGUGAAAGCUGCAGAAUUUGCGAACGUCGUCUGCUAAAGUUCCCGCUUUGCCAUCGUGUUGGGUUUCUUCCUGCCCUCGGGUAAAAGCUUCUACCCCUGCUAAUUUAGUCAAUGCUGGCAGAUCGCGAUUGCUAGUUGUUUUGUUUACAGAGAGCGGAAAAUUGGAAUUGCUGCUUGCUUAUUGGUGACAAGUUUCAAGAACCCAAAGAAUGAAAUAGCUGAAAGACUCGUACUUGCAAGCUCUUUAUUUUUGGUGGAUAGCACGAGGAGUGUGUUUUGAGAAGUUUGAGUACGAAUGUCCAUUUUAUCUCUCUGGUUUGCCCCCAUCUCCUGUUAUAGGUCAUAGGAGCUGCAGUAUGAUUUUAGGGGCAUUUUGAGAAUUGGAAACAUGAAGCUUUCACGACACUGCCUUUACAUUUUAAGCCUUGUUUUGUUGGAACACAGUGGGCAUGUUAUGUACAGCUCGUAAUUCGUCUUCAUUAGUUUUUUCGGAGAAAAAGCCAUGUCAUUAGAGUGAGUUACAUGUUUUAACUACCUAGUUAGUUUCAUGGGUGAUGCAUUUUGCAAGCUCUCAUUGUUUGAAGCUAGGGGAACUGGACGCUUUGUAUGUUUUGUCCAGGGUUGUAUUUUUCGUAUUGUAAAGAGAGAUGGCUGAGGUAAAUGCAUUAAUAUAUGUGAAUAUUACCAAAUUUCAUGACACAAAUGCUUUCUUGAUGAUAGAUGGCAAGCACUUGGAUUUGAGCUUUGCGAUCAUACAUAGGGAUAUAGGGAGGGAGUGGGAGAAUCAGGGUGGAGUUAUGGGUCUUAUUUUUUUUAUGGAGGUUCUUGCUUGUGCUCUGAAGAAAUAUACGUCUGCAAUAUUUCAUGGGAGAAUGAGGAGACCAAAUUAAAUUUCAAACUUAUUAUUGCUUUGGAGCAUCUUGGAGCAAUUGAGCAAUGGAGCUUAUGGAGCAAGGCUCACAUGGAGGAUUGCUCACUUGGUUUGCUUCAUAGUUUUUUGUUUUGUUUAUAUCCUGCACUUGUUUCAUCAGAAUGCACACUGAUGAUAAACAGAUCAGAAGUAAAGAAGUCUACUUCAUUAUAAUUGUCGAUUCUGUCCUUGGUGAUUAUGCAAUUUCCUUGGUCUCUGCAGUGAAAGCUUUGCAGUAAUAGUCUGUUUUCAGAAUGAGUGGCCGCUUUUCUCGAACAAUCUACUGUGGCAACCUGCCAGCAGAUAUAAGAGAAUCUGAAGUUGAAGAUAUAUUCUAUAAGUAUGGCAGGAUUCUGGAUAUAGAGCUGAAGAUUCCUCCUCGCCCUCCUUGUUAUUGUUUUGUUGAGUUUGAAACUUCUCGGGAUGCUGAAGAUGCGAUCAGGGGACGUGAUGGGUACAAUUUUGAUGGCUGUCGUUUGAGGGUUGAACUUGCUCAUGGUGGAAGGGGACCUCCUUCAAGUGAUAGGCGUGGUGGUGGUGGUGGUGGUGGUGGCUAUGGUGGUAGUGGUGGUGGUGGAGGUGGGGGCCGGUAUGGCGCUUCACGCCAUUCUGAAUUUCGAGUAAUUGUCCGUGGGCUCCCUUCUUCUGCUUCUUGGCAAGAUUUGAAGGACCACAUGCGGAAGGCUGGCGAUGUUUGCUUUGCCGAAGUUUCUCGUGAUGGUGAUGGGACAUUUGGCCUUGUUGACUAUACCAACAGUGAUGACAUGAAAUAUGCUAUUCGGAAACUUGAUGACACUGAGUUUAGAAACCCUUGGUCCAGGUCCUACAUUCGGGUGAAGAGGUAUGACAGCUCACCAUCAAGAAGCCGAAGUAGAAGCCGCAGCAGAAGCAGAAGCAGAAGUCCUAGAAGGGACAGAAGCAAAUCUGUGGGGCGCUCAGUGUCGAGGUCCAUGUCGAGAUCUAGAUCAGCAUCACCUGUUAAAUCACCAAGGGCUAGAUCAAGGUCGAGGUCAGCUUCCCCUGAAAAGGCUCGUUCUGGAAGCGCCUGAGUGAUUGAGACCAAUUGAGAGCAUUUCAUUGCCUAUACCCACCUGUUAGGGUUUAAUGCUUUGAAUCAUUGAGACUAGCUGCACUUUAAGUACUAUGCUACUGAUUGUUUCAUCGGUGCUGGCUUCGGGAUUAUGUAUGAACUAGAAUUGGGUUUGUUGGAUCAUUAUGUGUAGUUGCUCAUGAAUGGCGUGACACUUACGCUUACUUGGAACACUUCUGCCCCAGUGUGAUUGGAUAAUUGUUUGGCUUGGCCGUGCUGAGAUGUCAGUUGUAUCAAUUUGACAUGUGAUUUAGUUGUUUGUGCUUAAUCGUAGCUUUGUGCUUUGUUGUUUGGAAUCGAUAGAUACAUUCCCUUCAUGAACUAAUUCCUUUUAC